UUCUACGAAUAUAUUAAGUACCUUUCCGCGGUAGGACAACAACAACAAGGAGAUUAACUUUCAACUAUUCGAUUCCAAGAAUCGCGUACAUGUACGUACCUAGAGUUUUACGACGUAAUUAAAACUUCAACAUCAAAUAUCUGCAAAACAAACCUAUAAUAAUUUAAGUGCCAAUAAAGAAGAGUGCCAAUCGUACAUUCGGGUUGUUUUGCAAUAACAACGUCCAGCUCCGGUUCCCUUUCAGAUAUCCACCUCCUGGGCUCUACCGUGUACAUUUUUUUUAUACAUAUAGAUUUUAUAUAAAUAUAAGAUAGAGUCUAUAGCAAAUUAGGAUUUAGUACAGAGUCUGCACCACGCAGUCACUAACUUCUCGGGCAGAUGCUUUUCGCUCUGUCCUCAAAUUUAUCUAAUUUCUUUAUAAAUGUUUAAUUAUUAUUAUUUUGUCUUAACAAUAAAGUACUAUAAAUAACUUAUACAACUUGUCUCUCUCCAACCUUCUCUCCUACAUUAACCAUCAACGUCGACGAACUCAAAAUAUAAGCGAGCAGUGAGGGAUCACUACACGUCUUUUGGUGUCAGGUGUGGGGUCACCUGAAGGAAGAAUUUUGGUAUCCAACCCAGAAUCGAGUACAUCAGCGGACCUCGAGUUCAACUACGUUGCUGAAACCUAGGAAGGAAGGAACGACCGAGCCAAGCCACCAACUACACUCAACAUAGCCAAGCGGAGCAUCAACGACGAGCCAGCAGAGCCGCCAGCACGCAGAGCAGACAGGACCAGACAAAAAUCGCAAUGAAUUCUACAUUUAAAAUACCCGAGUACGCGACAGUAGAUUUCGAAUUUUGCAGCUACAACCGGGACCACUUAAUAUUAAUAUCGGGCGCCAUCAUGGGGCGAUACCAGCCAGGUAUCAUUACAAAAUUAGAGGGGCGCGCAUUACACUUACAGGAAAAUCGAGCCGUAACCGAUCAAGAGUGGAAACACCUAGUGAAACACUUGCAAUAUAUAUUUAAAGACAAACUUAAUUUACUAUAUCCAGUACUUGCCCAACUUUAUGAUUCUGACCACACUGUUUCACCAAAUCUUACGCAACCACGAAUUAAGCAACAGCUAGACAAAUACGACGCAAUAUUAACCUGGGAGGGUAGCACAGAUAAACAAAUCCUCCAGCUGCUUGACAUAACCAAACCCAUUUUUUCACUACGUGGGUGGGAUCUCCAUAUGGACGGAAAUUUUGUUUUACUUAUAACCGAUUAUGGGGACAAUCAACCCAUAGCUUCCAUUCCGAUAGGAAAAUACAGAAAAAACGGGCGAUCGCUUAAACUCAACGAGGCACAUACCCUUAUGUGUAGCGAUCUUUAUUUUCACGGGGGGCUUGAAGCUCAUGACCCCCGAGCCGAUGUCCAAUGGACAAGGUGCCUGUUUUUGCAACUAUAUAAAGAACAUAGGGAUAUCAUUAACGAAGCGGUGUGGGCGAAACAAGAAAAGAAAAGGAAUAUUCUUCCCGCACCAAUAUGAUUUAUAGUAUACAAUUAGUAUUAGGAUUUUAUUAUCAAUUUAUUUAUGAGGGUUACGGGAUAUUUUUGUACUAAUUACAAUAUUAUUUUAUUAUCAAUUUAUUAUGAGGGUUACGGGAUAUUUUUGUAUUAAUUACAAUAUUAUUUUAUUAUCAAUUUUUUUUUAUCAGUAUAGUAAUUCUUAUUAGUAGUUUCUAAGAAAUGGAACGGGUAUAUUAAAUACUAUUAAGCUAAAUUUUAUUUUAAAAUUAUAUUUUAACUAAUAAGCUGAAACGGUUUUCAGACUUAUACUACUUAUCAUACCAUUCACGUCAGGAACUUUUCGAUACGCUGACGAACCAUUAAAACAACAUUCUGGUCUAUACUACGAAAACAGGGGACCUUUGAAACUCAUAACAUCUCAAUGGGAUCUUACUGCAUACAUUAAUCUUACUAAAUAUAACGAAGAAUUCGAAUACAUAAACGAAGUAAUAGAUAAAACGAACGAAUUGUGUGUUGCAUACAUGCACGACCCAGUUACCAAUAACUUUAAUUGUAACAACUUACUUAAAACAGCCACCGCUAUAGUUGACAAUUUACACAAUAAAAAGACACAAGUCUUAGAUUCUAUUGGUCACAUAAUUACUAAACGUAAUGCUUUAACUAAACUCGUUACAAAAGCAGCUAAAUUAAUAUACGGAAUAUGCAAUUUAGAAUGCAUACAAAAAUUUAAUUUUAAUAUAGCAAAAAGCCAAAGCACUUCGCAAUCUAAACUAAUAAAAGAACAAAUUAAAGUAGUACAACUACAGAAUAAUAUAGUGUCACACAACAUUAUAUCUUCGGUACCUUUAACAUUAAUGGUGAACGAAACGACAAACAGUACAAGGGAACAACAAAUAAAAAAUUAUUUGACAAAACAUUUUAUACACGUUAAUUUAUUAAUUACAAAACAGAUAGAAGAAACAAACACACUAUUAGAGGUAAUACAACAAGCUAAAAUGGGAAUUAUUCAUCCAAGUUUAAUAUCUCCAAAAGAGUUAUUAGAACACGUUAAAGACGUUAAAGUAUCAUUACCUGGGGGCACCGAUUUACCAACUGAUUUAGACAUACAAAAUAUUUACGAAUUGAUAAAGCUCUCAGACAUUACUAUAUACUAUGCAAAUGACAACUUAGUGUUUAUAAUUUCUUUACCUUUAAUUUAUCAAAAUGAUUUUAGUUUGUAUAAUUUAAUACCUGUGCCAGUGUGCACCGGAAACGAUUGUUUUUAUAUAAAACCUAGUAAUAAGUAUCUAGCUAUAAGUAAAACGAAAGAACACUAUGCUCUUUAUGACGAAUUGUAUUACACACAUUGUAAACACGCUAGAGACUUCCUUUUGUGUCCUGAGGGUAAUCCUUUACAUCCACGUGCUAGUAGACCAGCAUGCGAAGUACAAUUACUCCAAGAUCCUAUAAAAGUUCCAACAAACUGCGAAAUCAUGCACGUACAAAUGGGUACAUCCAUCUUUCACAAAAAACGAUUCAAAAACGAGUGGAUCUACGUCACUAACUACGAUUUAGUAUUCAUCACCUGCGAUGAAGAUAAAGAAUCCACCAGCCAUACACUAAAAGGUGUAGGUAUCUUAAAACUAAACGAAACUUGUAAAGGAUACGCCGCUAGAGACGUACUCUUACCAGGAAAAGUCGAUUACAAAUCAGAAUAUAUGGAUUUCAACCCAAAAUCAGCUUUAGAACCCAUAAGGGAUAUGCCGUUCACCGACAACGACAACUUAAUGGAAAACUACCAUGUUAAAACAAAUAACAUGGAGGACCUACAUAAAGUGUCAGGUUCGAACAAGCAAUUAGAAAAACAACAAAAAGUCGACAAUAAAAUCGACGAGCUACAAAACACACAAGAACGUAACGAUUAUAUACUAUAUGUAAUAACAAGUAGUAUUUUUAUGGCAGUAAUCAUAUUAAUAAUAAAUAUGGUUAAAACAAAAACAGUAACAAACCACACGGAAGUAGCACAGUCACAGGAAGAAACAGAGGAACUUAAUGCAAACCCAGUGAUGUCAUUAAGAGGAGUCGACAUGGUCGAGUUUCCACUCGCGCCAAGAAACAGCCCUACCGGCUACCCAACACUGCGAACAUUCUUGAAUUAGUGGAAGUCGGGGACUUCCAUCUUCGAGGGGAGGAAUGUAGUAAACCUGCGUUUCUACGAAUAUAUUAAGUACCUUUCCGCGGUAGGACAACAACAACAAGGAGAUUAACUUUCAACUAUUCGAUUCCAAGAAUCGCGUACAUGUACGUACCUAGAGUUUUACGACGUAAUUAAAACUUCAACAUCAAAUAUCUGCAAAACAAACCUAUAAUAAUUUAAGUGCCAAUAAAGAAGAGUGCCAAUCGUACAUUCGGGUUGUUUUGCAAUAACAACGUCCAGCUCCGGUUCCCUUUCAGAUAUCCACCUCCUGGGCUCUACCGUGUACAUUUUUUUUUAUACAUA